AUGGAAAAUACUACUUCUUUGGUUCAAUUUGGAGGCAAGUGGAAUGAAAAAAAUGAGUACGAAGGGUACACAAUGACUGGAAUAUUGAUUCCACCAAAUUGUUCUCUUGACAACUUGGUGAACUUGGUAAAACAGGAGAUAAAGGAAACAAGAGCAAGUAUUGAAGUUUAUUAUCAAGUAGCCAAAGGAACACCACCAAUGAAGAUUGAAUCAGACAAUUCAGUGUUGUUCUACUUGGAAAUAAAGAAAAAAGUUGCAGAAAAAAUAACUGACUUACCAUUGUGUGUGAAUAUAGUUCAAGAAUCAAUGGAUGAAAAUAAUCUUCUUCAGCUAUCAAAUCAGAAAGCUACAGCACAAGAAAUGGAGGUGGGAACAUUAUUAAUGCAAGCAAACAAAGCUUCCAUCAAUGAACAUAUGUUACUUGAAGAAGGAAUGUCAAGCACAAUAAAUGAGGGAAUCAAUGUGGCAUACAUACCUCACCUUGCUGAAGAAGUAGCUGAUUUUAUAAUUGAAGACAAUUCAAAAAGAAAAAAGAGAUUGGAGGAAAUUGAAAUAGUAAUAUCUGAUUACAGAGUGAACAAAAUAGAGCAAGGACAGAUUUACAAGGACAAGAACACAAUCAAAUCAGCUCUUGGCUACCAUGCAAUGCUACAUAACUUUCAGUUCAAAACAAAAAGAUCAGAACCAAGAGAGUACCUGGUUACCUGCGCAGAUGACACAUGCAGCUGGUUUGUGAGUGCUUCUAAAUACAGAAAUCAAGAUUUAUUCAAGGUACGAAAAUGCAUUCCAAAUCAUACUUGCUCUGUUGAAAUUGUUAUGGAGGAUCAUAGGCAAGCAAAAAGCAUCAUAAUUGGGGAAUUAAUAAAGAAUAAGUACAAGUCAGUCAAAAUAAAUUAUACUCCAAAUGACAUCAUGAAUGAUGACUUUGGAGUAACCAUGGGAUACACAAAAGCAUGGAGAUCAAGAGAAAAAGCUUUGCUUCUAGUAAGAGGGAACCCUGAUGAUUCAUAUCAAAAGUUGCCAAUGUAUCUUCACAUGUUGAAGCAAGACAGUUGGAGAUACUUGAGGCCUAUCAUUGUUGUUGAUGGAACUUUCUUAAAAAAUGCACAUGGCGGCACACUAUUUUCAGCAUCAACAUUAGAUCCAAACAACAACAUUUUUGUCUUGGCUUUUGGAAUAGCAGACUCAGAAAAUGAUAACUCUUGGCUUUGGUUCUUCUCCAAACUAAGAGACACAUAUGGAGAACCCGAAGGAUUGGCUAUUGUUUCUGACAGACACAAGAGCAUAGAGAAUGCAGUACAUAUAGUGUACUCAAAUGCGUUCCAUGGAGCUUGCAUGUAUCACUUGCUCAAUAAUUUGAAAAGCAAGUAUGGAAACCAUGGAGAACAGCUACAAAUGAAUUUCAUUGCAGCAGCAAAAGCAUACACAAAAACAGAAUGUGAACACUACAUGAGAAGCCUUGAUAGACUUGACAGGCGCAUUAGACCCUAUUUAGAGAAAGCCAAAUAUGAAACUUGGGCAAGAUCAUACUCACCAACAAAAAGAUACACCAUGAUGACAUCCAACAUCGCAGAAUCGCUCAACGCUGCACUAAAAGCUGCAAGAAAUCUCCCUAUUGAUAUAUUGGUUGAAUGUCUUAGAAGUUUGGUUCAAAAGUGGGUUUGGAACAAUUCAAAUAAUGCAAAUGGAACAUUCACAAAAGUGUCUACAGCAACAGAAAAUGAAUUGAGACAUGACAUUGUUUCAAAAAUGAAGUAUGAGGUCUUGCCUUUCAACCCAAUAGAAUAUCAAGUUCGUGAUGAAAAAGGGACCAAUUUCACAGUAAAUAUUCACAAUAGAACUUGUACAUGCAAUAGGUUUCAAGAAGAUGAAAUGCCUUGUGGGCAUGCAGUAGCUGUAAUUGCAAAGAGAAACUUGGGAGUAUAUGAUUACUGUGCAAAGUUUUACAAAACAGAAACUUUGAAAGCAAUGUAUGAAGAAAAUGUUCAUCCUUUGCCCCAUAAAGAUGAAUGA